AUGGGCUCUGCCUCUAUGGGAGGAGAAGAGAAGCCACACGCCGUGUGCUUGCCGUACCCGGCGCAGGGGCACAUCACCCCGAUGCUCAACGUCGCCAAGUUGCUCCACGCCCGCGGCUUCCACGUCACCUUCGUCAACUCCGAGUACAACCACGCGCGCCUCGUCCGCACGCGGGGCGCCGCCGCGCUGGCCGGCGUCCCAGGCUUCCGCUUUGCCACCAUCCCCGAUUGCAUGCUGGCCAUCGACGACGAUGAUGACGACAUCACGCAGGACAUUCCGACGCUAUGCAAGUCCACCACGGAGACCUGCCUCGAACCCUUCCGUCGCCUCCUCGCCGAGAUCAAUGCCUCAGCCUCCGCCGAGGUGGAGGGACACCCACUUGUGACCUGCGUGAUCUCGGACAUCAUCAUGGGCUUGUCCUUGGACGCCGCCAAGGAGCUUGGCCUCCCCUACAUCCAGCUCUGGACGGCCAGCGCCGUUAGCUACCUCGUGUACCACCACUACCGCCUCCUUAUCGACCGUGGCAUUUUCCCACUUAAAGAUGUCAAGCAACUGAUGGAUGGAUACCUCAACACGCUGGUGGAGGACGUGCCGGGGCUGAGGAGCAUGAGGCUAAGGGACUUCCUGAGCUUCAUAUGCUCCACGGACCCAGAGGAGUUCAUGGUGGGGUACGCCAUCAAGGAGACGGAGCGCACGGUCAGCGCGUCCGCCAUGGUCAUCAACAGCUUCGCCAACCUCGAGGGCCAAGAGGUGGACACCAUGGAGACGCUCCUGGGCCUGCCCAAGGUCUACACGCUCGGCCCGUGUGGUGAUCCAUCAUACCACUGCAUGGUGUAG